AUGAGUAUGGAGCUUCCCAAAGACGAGGAGGAAAUAGCGUUGGAGAAGCUCGUCUUCGGCGACGAAGAAGGGUUUGCUGCCAACCUUAGGAAAGUGGACAAUUUGUACGAUUACUCGUCAUCCGAAAACGAAGAAGUUGGUUCUGACGAAUUUCACAGUGACGAAGAGAUUGAUUUAGACAACGUUCAGGACGAGGAUUUGUUCUUUAUUGACGACGGAACCACAGACAACGACCAAGAGAUGGCAGAGCUGGAUGCGGAGAGCACCGAAGAAACUUCGACCGACGAAGAAAUCGAUGCUGUUUGGCACGACAGUGACGACGAGAGAAUCACCAUAAAUUUGACCAAUUCUGACCGGCUCAAAAAGCUCAGAAAGAACCCGGACGACACCAGCAUUAGUGCAUCUUCGUAUGUGAACCGACUCCGUGCUCAAUUCGAAAAAAUCUACCCUCGUCCGCGAUGGAUCGAAGACUUGGAAAAGGCAGAAGACGAUUCCGAUGCCGAGGAACAAGCAGAAAAGACCAGCAAUAACGACACAAAUGCUAUUUUACAAACGUUAGCAUCGACCCAGCAGUUCACCCAGACGAAACAACUCAAAUUAAUAUCACCACACAAGAUCCUGAUCACAAGACUCAAGAACGCCAACCAAACCCAUCCUUCCAGAGCCGCUAUUCAGUCGCUAAACUUUCACAAUUCGCACCCACUUCUUAUUACGGGUGGUUUUGAUCGCACGAUCAGAAUCUACCACAUUGAUGGAAGAACCAAUAAUUUCGUCACCUCGUUGUACCUCAAAAACUCACCGAUCACAACCUGUGCAUUUUCCGGCGACGUAGUUUAUGCUGCUGGAAGAAGACGGUACCUCAACAAGUGGAAUAUUACCACGGGUCAGGUGGAAAAGAUCUCCAGAAUGUACGGAAGAGAGCAGUUUCAACGGUCUAUGGAAUACUUUAAGGUAUCUCCAUUGCGGACUUGGAUUGGAAUGGUGGGUAGUAGCGGAUGGUGUAACUUGCUCAGCGGAGAAACUGGUCAGUGGGUACAAGGAUACAAAAUAGAAGGAACCAUAGUUGAUUUUGAGUUCUCGCAAGACGAAAAAUUUCUUGUGGUUGUCAACUCUGCCGGAACCAUAUGGGAAUACGAUUUACAACUGGGUAAAGUUAUUCGCAAAUGGGACGACGAUGGAGCCAUUGGAAUCACCAAAUUGAAACUAGGAGGUCCCAAGGACCGCUGGAUGGCGGUUGGAAGCAACAAUGGUAUCGUGAACUUGUAUGACAGAAAUACGUUUGCCAAGUCUUCUCCAAAACCAUACAAGACAGUGGAAAAUUUAGUCACUUCCAUUUCAUCGCUCGAGUUCUCUCCAGACGGCCAGGUCUUGUGUAUAGCCCUGAGAGCCAAAAGAGAUGCAUUGCGGUUGGUCCAUGUUGCUCAAGGAAGCGUAUACGCCAACUGGCCUACAAGCGGAACCCCACUAGGAAAAGUUACCGCCGCAACAUUUUCUCCCGAUAACCAAAUGUUGGCUAUAGGAAACGAGUCUGGAAAGGUUACGUUGUGGAGUUUGAAUCACUAUGGAUAA